AUGGAAAAUGGUACCCGCGUUGUUUUAUGAGAAUUAGAGCUAUGAGCAAAACGGAACGUUACCUUCUGUAUUCAUAUCAGUGCAAUCAAACGCAUAUAAACGCUUUAACGCUAAACGCUAUCCUGGUGCCCCGACUUCACGCUCGCUGUACGUGGGUGUCCUCGGAUGUAGUUCUCAACUCAUCCUGUUGUUCUCUCAUACUUUCUAUGUUGAUGAACCGUAACUUCAGCUGAAGCGGAGUUGUAAGGGCAAUGAAACAAUGAAUGAGUGGUGUACAGCUUUUAUUGUUCAUAAACAUCGACACAGAAAAGAUGCAGGGGACAAUUGUAAAAACUCGUCACUGACCACAGAAAGGCACUAGCAUCCAAGGAACGAUAUCGCUAGCGAACUAGUGUAGCGAAUGACAUCGUUUUAUUUUACUAUUGAAUGGCGUGUAGAAUUCAUUCUCCAUUAACACAUGAAAAAAAUACUACGUCUCUCAAUUUCAACAAAUUUCCGGGGUCAUUUUUUCCAGGGGACAUUUCUUCAGGCAACAUUUUUUCCUGGACCCCCCCUUUGCCAGUUGAGGUAUUGCGUGAAAAAGACCGCUAAGUACACGUAGUGCAACACCUUUGAUAGCAGUGUGUAAUUUAUGGUGUAACACACUUUGUGUGAAUUCUCCUUUGUAAAUGUCACAAAAACUAUGUGUAAACGCGUAUGCCACUUUGACGAGAAGAACUGUACACUGGCUUGACACAACGUUUCGCCCCCCAUAUGAGAGACAUCAUCAGUGCAGGAACAGAAUGAGGGAAGACAGCAGCGGAUUAGUUAAGGAGGUCAUCAUGCACAUCUGGAGAGGGUCAGUUCCGUGUCACCUCAUCAACCGUGCCAGGUCAUCCACUGAUGGAUGAGCUGGCACGUUGGAUGAAAGAACUCAGUGGAUGGGAUGGCACGACAUGGAUGACCCAGCUCGGUGGAUGAGGACACUGUUGCGACCAACUUUAGCUCCCCAACUGACCCCGUAAGCGACCGCUCCCAAGGCGUUCUGUCAAGUAUGAUGCACGCACAUCCUCACUUUCCCCGGUUCGAUAAGUAGAGAUGUGAAAUGAUGUUUCAAUUGAGAAUAUAUUCCUGUGUUUCGACCACAGCACUGUCUCGUCUGUAAAAGGGACUUGAUUCCUUCCUUAUUUUUCGAUAAUAUAUUAAUGUAAAUUUAAAUAAUUCAUAAUGAAUAAAUAAUAAAUUUAAAUAAUUUAAAUUUAAUUUCGAUAAUUCGGUUUUCUGACUUUUCGGCCUUAUGAGUUUCGGCCUUAUGAUUGCCACCAGUGAGGGACAAAGCAUUAAAAGCAUAACCGCAGCGCUUAUUUACAGCGCAUAUUCUAGCUCUCGAGAACAAAUGGCUGUGACACGAAUAACGACAUUUUCGUAUACGAGCUCCGGCGGCCCAUGCGAUCUUUUGCAGCUAAUACUGAACCGAUUUGGACCAAAAUGGCAUUGUUCGAUAGAUUUUCGAAUUUCAAACAAUUCGCAUUGGAGACAUUUGCAAUUUUUUUUGCAGAAGUUUUUAAAAACCUUACGAAAGCUGCAAAAAAUUUAUAAGUUCUGUCUCUCGCUUUUAGAAGUUCGUAGCUCGUUUACUGUAGCGCAUAUGUGAAAUGUAAUCAGUAGCAUUUACGCGGAAUUCUUUCUUGAAUAGUUACGUGUCAGUGUCAUGUCUGUCCAUGCCUCCAGCUGUUCACAAUAUUGAAAAAAACUUAAGGUAUGUACGGCUUCGUGUUCUGGCACCCUAUCACAGAAGGGGUUUCCCCGGCAGCGGAAGCGCCAAAUUAAGGUCGUGAAACCUGUCUGAGGAAAUCCGCGUGGCUGUACCAAGGGGAUGAAACUCGCGAGUUCACUUGCGGACUAAAGUGAGGCGCUGCGAGCUUUUCGCGUCAUCAAACGUCAUGAAACGUCACAAUUUUUACGUCGAAGCGCGAGUUCUCAACCGUCAACAGGCCAUUGGCUCCUGUGGCCACACCCCCAGUAUGCGAUCUGUGAUUGGUCGUUUUGAAUUUGCGCAGGUUUGAGCGGCUUGAGAGUUUGAGUUGACCAUCGCGAGCAAGCCGGCGACCUUGCGUAGGCCGUGUCGGUGUCGGGUGUCGCCGUCGCUUUGGGUGGUUUAUGACAGCCACCAAUUACUAUAUUUCCGGGUCUGAUGCUGAUUUAAAAGCAUGGACCGCACUGUGCCAGAGACUUCCGAAAGUUGUGAUGACCAAAGAUGCGCGGGUGGCUCGUCUGCUCCGCUUCUUGGUGUCGAAACAGCUCAAAAAAGACCGACAUCUCGUUCUUCCGAUUUCCAGUUGACGACAGAGCAUCAGCAUGGAUCACGUAUUCAGAGAGGCCGGAGUAUGUGGGGCUUCCACCUCAUCAGCUACGCAACAGGCGCCUGUGUGCUCAACACUUUGAAGUGAAGCAGUUCACAAAUAGGCAGAGGACGCGACUCAGGCAAUCUGCGUGCCCCACCGUCCCAAGGCCAUGCCGUAGAGCACUGGAUUCAGAUUCCCAUCUAUGGCCGAGUAGCCCCACAACACCUGCCCCACGGAGUCCGACGCCCUCUGGCUCCUCCGUGGGAGCACCACAUGCUGGCCCCUCGAGAGAGUCCCAUCCAUGGCCAAGUAGCCCCACAACACCUGCCCCACGGAGUCCGACGCCCUCUGGCUCCUCCGUGGGAGCACCACAUGCUGGCCCCUCGAGAGAGUCCCAUCCAUGGCCAAGUAGCCCCACAACACCUGCCCCACGGAGUCCGACGCCCUCUGGCUCCUCCGUGGGAGCACCACAUGCUGGCCCCUCGAGAGAGUCCCAUCCAUGGCCAAGUAGCCCCACAACACCUGCCCCACGGAGUCCGACGCCCUCUGGCUCCUCCGUGGGAGCACCACAUGCUGGCCCCUCGAGAGAUUCCCAUCUAUGGCCGAGUAGCCCCACAACACCUGCCCCACGGAGUCCGACGCCCUCUGGCUCCUCCGUGGGAGCACCACAUGCUGGCCCCUCGAGAGAGUCCCAUCCAUGGCCAAGUAGCCCCACAACACCUGCCCCACGGAGUCCGACGCCCUCUGGCUCCUCCGUGGGAGCACCACAUGCUGGCCCCUCGAGAGAGUCCCAUCCAUGGCCAAGUAGCCCCACAACACCUGCCCCAUGGAGUCCGACGCCCUCUGGCUCCUCCGUGGGAGCACCACAUGCUGGCCCCUCGAGAGAGUCCCAUCCAUGGCCAAGUAGCCCCACAACACCUGCCCCAUGGAGUCCGACGCCCUCUGGCUCCUCCGUGGGAGCACCACAUGCUGGCCCCUCGAGAGAGUCCCAUCCAUGGCCAAGUAGCCCCACAACACCUGCCCCAUGGAGUCCGACGCCCUCUGGCUCCUCCGUGGGAGCACCACAUGCUGGCCCCUCGAGAGAGUCCCAUCCAUGGCCAAGUAGCCCCACAACACCUGCCCCAUGGAGUCCGACGCCCUCUGGCUCCUCCGUGGGAGCACCACAUGCUGGCCCCUCGAGAGAGUCCCAUCCAUGGCCUAGUAGCCCCACUACACCCAGCCAACAGCGUUCAACGCCCUCUGGCUCCUCCGUGGGUGCCCGUAUACUGGCUGGCCCCUCAACGGAGUCUACACCUCCUCGACCACACAAAGGCGGCAGGCCUCCCACUAAGCGCACGCCGAGGACUGUGGCUGAGAUUGAUCAUCUGAGGAGGACAAGGGACAGCCUGCGGAGGAGCCUGUUCAAGGCGCAGCGCCGGGCGUCCCAGCAGAGUGGCAAUCUCUCUCGUACACAGAUUAUACAAGCAGCAUCACGGUACCUUUCCAGGGAGGCCCUGGAGAUAUUCCGCACAAUGCUGUACCUGCAGCCUUUACGCAAAUUUGGCAGGAGAUGGCCCCCACAGUACAGGAACUUUGCUCUGAAGUUGCAUUUCGCAGGCCCAAAAGCGUACCGGUUCCUCAGUAGGUACUUGCUGCUGCCAACUGAGCGAUGCCUCAAGUACUGGCUUCAGGAGGUAGCCAUGCAACCUGGAGUUGUGCCUGCUGUGCUCGACUCACUGCAGGCACGGCUCCAGGGCACACCACUGAAGGACCGAGCCUGUAUCAUAAUGUUUGAUGAAAUGUCUAUCAAACAACAUCUGCAGUAUGAUAGAGGCUCGGAUGUGGUUUAUGGCUAUGCUGAUUCUGGGACUGAGAGAUCGCCCGAGUUUGCACACUCAGCACUUGUGGCUGUGCUUGCUGGCAUUUCCAAAAAUUGGCUGCAGCCCCUCUCGUACAUCCUGUCCAAAACAACAGCAUCAGCUGAGACUUUGCAAACAUUGCUUUUUGAUUUAAUUCGUAGACUUCAAUUGGCGGAGAUUUUUGUAAAGGCAGUUGUGUGUGACCAGGGCUCCAGUAAUUGUGCAUUGGCCAGAGCACUGGAGGUUUCUCCAUCAAAACCAUUUUUUGUUGUUGAUCAGUGUAAAGUAUAUUUCAUCUUUGAUACCCCCCACUUGAUGAAGACCACAAGAAAUCUUUUGCUUCGUCACGACCUCCAAAUUGGGAAUGAUGAACAGAGGGUUAAGUGGUCCUUUAUCAAGGAGUUCUAUGAGAACACUCACCCUGCAAAAGUAAGGCUGGCACCUAAGCUCACACACAACCACCUUUACCCCACUGUAUUUAAGCGCAUGAGAGUCAAGCUUGCCACACAAGUGCUGAGUGACAGUGUGUCUACGGGAAUCGCAUGUCUAAUUUUUAUGGGAGCAAUGUCCCCUGAAGCUGCUGCAACAUCAAAGUUCCUCCAAGAAAUUGACAUGCUGUUCGACACCCUGAACAGCUCUUCAGUUGUACAGGGUGAUGACAGAAAGAUGCGGUAUGCACUGUCAGCAACGUCUGGCCACAAGGAGGUUCUGGAGGCUGCUGCAGUGCGAAUCGCUGGGUGGAAGUUUGACUGUGAUAGGCAGCCCCCAACAGUAAAUGGAUGGCAGGUCACUAUCGCUGCUGUACUGGGCCUGUGGGACGACCUCAAAGCAAACUUCAACUUUGAUUUUCUGCUAACUUGACGGCUAAACCAGGACCCCUUAGAGAAUCUGUUUGGAGAGUUCCGGCAAAUUCAUGGGUGCAAUGAAACACCGAAUGCGUUUCAGUUCGUUGCUGGGAUGAAGCAUGCUCUCGCUGGUAGGCUGCUUAAGCUCCCUGGUAGAGGGAACUGCGAAGCAGACACAACAACCCUUCUCAACGAACUGAGACGCAUUCCUGUGCAUUCAAUAAGCUCGUCUGCAGGCCCGUCUGAGAGUACCCUUGAUUCAGGGACAGACACUGGUUCUGAGCCUGUGCUGCAGCUUCCAGAAGAGCCUGCAAACCUCAUUGAGAUGAAUGCACAAUAUGAAUUUGCAGGAAGCCUGGUUCAGUCUUUUCUAAGUGCUAUGAAAUGUCCAAAUUGUCCAAAUUUGCUAAAGGCUGCAGAAGCAGAACCGGAUCCAAGCUCCAUGUACUCGUACUUGAGGGAGCAAGAUCCAGCAACUCCUACGAAGUGCAUGCCCUCAAAAGCAUUUUUUAAUUUUUAUUGCAAUAUCGAAAAGAAGUUCCAGUCAUGUAUAGAGCAUGUUGUACAUAGAAGAAACGUAAUGGCUCGCUUGCUUGCUGAGCUAGGGGGUACUGUGCACGAGCCUUUCUGUAGCCCCCGUUGCGGUGCAAAAUUUAUGGGCAUGUAUUGCACUUCAAGGAUACAGCUAUAUUUACGAUUGGAAAAUCAAAAGUUCACUGAGGAACAUACAGAACGCAGGAAGCGCAAAAAGUUAUAAUACAUGUUUGUGGUUAAAAGGAGGCAGGAUAUCCAUUGUCAGGGUGUCUACACAAAACUGUUGCCUUAGAAUUCCCCUUUUUUUCCACAUUUUCACUGACUAUUUCAAGUGAAUUCCCUGACCAAAACAAAAGGGACUUGGUGCCUGCUGCUACAUUUUGAUACAGAUCCCUCAUGAAGCAGAUCAUUUAAUGAGGAAUUAGUAAGACUCCCCUACUUUUUUGACUCUGAGCUUGUCGUAUUGGCGAACUGCUACUCGCGCAACAUUGCUGUGGCUCAACCACUCAUCCGCACUCACGAUUCACUGUGCAUUGUGAUGGCACUUGUCUGAGAUUUUCCCUGACUUCAGCUGCCUUUUUGGCAAAUUUCCUGACAAUCCCCUGACUUUUCCAGUCACAUCAAAAUUCCCUGAUAAUUCCCUGUUUUCUCAAGUUGAAACACACCCUGAAAAUGUUAGAGUGCUAAAACUGUUUUCUCCUCGUUCUGAUGUGUCAGUCACACCGACCACAUAAACGGUUUCAAGAGCAGGUCACUGCACUUCAGUAACUUGCAGCUACUUGCCGAAAACAUCAUUUUGCUUAGUCAUAAUGUUUAUAAAUCUUUAUUUCAUAAUUUGUGGCUUUAUGUUGCAAGACAACUAUGAUCAAGAGCGAUGCUCCAGUGGUUGGUCUGUGGAUUAAUAUUGUCCACCUAAGGGUUCUUCAUAACUUGCGCUGAAAUCUCAACACAUGGGGCAUUGCAUUUAACAUCCCCUGCAGCAGACAGCAUGAUAAAGCAACUUGUACGAUACCAUGAUUUUCUAUCAUUCUGAGUAGCUACUUUGUGUGUCAAGUAUUGCCCUCGCCGCUCUAAAGAGAUGUCACUGUUCUCAGUGCUUCCCAAGCACCCUCAUCAGGCCAACCCCUAGAUGUCUGAUUGAAGCAAAAAUACAAAGCAAGGGCCUUUUCGUAUUUACAAGGAUGUGGUCGGUGACUCCUACUGCAGGGCUUUAAUUCACUCCCACUGGAUUGCUGGAUCUUCUGGUUUUGGUUACAAAUAACGCAGCUGCUUCCUUGCUGCAUAUUACACAUGCUGCUAUCAUUGUACAUGUUUGUAUGUGUUUGAAACAUAUACAAAUGCUGAAUGUGUGCUUCAGUUGCAGAGCUCUGGUUUUUCCAACGAUUGGACGUAGCGGCCGUGUAUGUCUUUUGCACACCUUAAUUGUACACAGUUUGAAAUCACAAAUGAGCUACUAGAUUAGCAUUACUCUUAGCAGUAAUUUCAGCAUUUUUACAUGUCAUAUGUUGUUUUUAAUCUCCUCACAUGUGUAUGCACCUCCAAACUUACAAAAUAUGUGCUCAGUGUUUUUAUAAGACAGUCAGCCUGUGAAGGUAUUGUUCACUUUUCUUGUGUAUUGUGCACAGCUGCUGUUAUUUCACCAAUUACAUCGAAGCGCUGAUUGUCUGCUUUCAUAUAGCGAGUUGCUUGAUCGUUUGCUUUGCUGUUGUUUUUACGCUAUACAAAAUGCUAUCUGCUGUGUACCUCUGCUCACACCCUUGUAAAGGAUUAAUGCUUAUGCCGCGAAUUGCCACUAGCAGAGCACAUUUCCGUUUCAUCCUCAUCGGCUGAUUAUUAUCCACUCAUUUCAGCAUUUGUACGCUGCGAGCUGUUCACCCUAUGUUCGACACCGACCCUAUGUUCUAUGUCGUUGUGGCGACAUCACUAUGCUCAGCUUUGAUUUCCGAUGUUCUAAAACUUGCCACCGUUACUUUACUUGCCAACUAAAACAAACAAAGAAAAGGCAGAAUGUGUACCCGUGCGAGCAGGUUACGCGUAUCUUCCAUUGUAUAUUUUAAUGCGUCUGUGUCGUACAGCUGAUUGCUCUUUUGUUGAUCGAUUUGCGAAGUUGCUGCAGCAUUACGAAGCUAUGACAAUCUCACGCAUUUUAUGGAAAUGCUGACAAAUUGUGCAUUUGCGACGUGUCCAUACGCAUUCUGCGGAAUAAAAUACCUUGUCUUGCAA